GUUGUUGUGUGUCAUGUCAUGUAUCCGUCGCUGUCCGUCGCAUAGUAUGCACCGAAAAACCGUACAUUUUUAAUAGGCAUUUUUUACAAAAAUUGGCCUCGCAAAUUCUAAUAACAUGUACAAUUGAGGAAAGGUAUAAUAAAGAUCGCAUCAGGUUCUGUAUUGUCUGCAAUCACAAUUCGAUAAUCUUCAUUUGCUGUUUAUUGUAAUUGUAAUAUAAACUAACAUCUAAUCAGGAAUUACUAUUGUAAAAGAGCUAAAAAAUGAGCAAGGAGGAAAUUAUCAUUUAGUUAAAUAUUGAUAAUAUAUUGCAAACAAACGUUAUCAAUCGUAGACAUACGUACAUUAGGCAGCCUAAACGGUAUCUGCGAGAAUGUGCAAACUUACAUGUUCAAGUAAUAAAGAGUGCUGUAGAACAAUACCAUAGUUGAAGUCUUUGUACAUGCAUAGAAAGAUAAUAAGCUCGUUCGUUCUCUUUCAAGCCAAAAUACGUUAACAAGACUAAAAAGACCCUUUUUAAAAGAUGCAUGGAAUUAUUGAACUAAUUGUGACCAGUGUUGUAUUGUGGGUAUCUUUACAAGUUUCUUGGGACAUUUUAAUAAGCGUUGUUUAUCAUUUCUGCGUACCACGAAUUGUUUGGGGUACUAUCAUUAUUGGGAUUGGAUUAAAAGUAACAAGAAUUCCGCCACCGAAUUCAAGCACUACGCAAGAGGUGCUCGGCGCAAAUCCUAUGUCAGUGGGAAAAGAUAAUAAUACGAAUAGUGCCAUGUCGAAAGAUCAUGGAAAUGGAGAACAAUAUUGCAUGCGAGUGGUGGCUCAUCGUGGUGCAGGAUAUGAUUACCCUGAGAACAGUCUAACAGCCUUUCGUAAUAGCAAAGAAAGGGGCUGUACUGCAGUAGAAUUUGAUUUAUCUCUUACAAAGGAUAAUGUGCCUAUAGUUUUUCAUGACCUUUCGAUAGAAAGACUUACUGGAAAAAUUGGAAUUAUUAAGGAGAUGACUUGGGACCAGUUGAACCAAUUAGAUAUUACCCGGAAUCAUCCACUUAAGGAUAAAUUUGAUGAAAUUGAAAACAUCCCAAUACUAUGGGACGUUUUAGAAAUGUGUUUGUCUAAUGACCAAAGAAUAUUCAUCGAUGUAAAGGAAUCAGGGGAGGACGUUAUACAAGUAAUUUUAGAUGCGUACAAGAAGUAUCCAAAGCUUUACGAAAGAGGAGUCAUAUCCAGUUUUAAUCCUCUAGUUGUCUAUAAGAUUAGAAGAAGGGAACCGAAAAUUGUGGGAUGUAUUGCGUGGAGACCGGAAUAUUAUUCAAGUACAUCGUAUAUGGGUUCAGACGGCAUAUCCGUACCGAAACAGAGUAAUUUCUUCAUAUACAUAGCAACAUGUAUAUAUGAUUAUAUUUAUGAAUGGAUGCUUUUCCACUUCUUAUAUUACAUCGUGGGUGUAUCCGUUUUGCUAUUGCAUAAAGACGUAUUAAAUCCGCGCAUAGUAAAGGAAUGGGCUGCUCGCGAUGUGCGCAUAAUAGCAUGGACGGUAAAUCUACCAUCGGAAAAACUGCACUUUUCACGAUUAAUGAAAGUUACUUAUUUAACGGAUACUUUGUUAGUUGAGAAAGAUAUGUAACGAUAUAUUACAUACUCCAUAAGGUCUAAAUGAACAUAUUUUAUUUACCGACAUAUGAAAUACUACAUUAAAUAAUCUAGUCCAUUCAUUGAAA